AUUAUUGGAAUUGGUGAGUCCGGUAAGGUGAUGGCCUGCUAUAACAAGGAUACCAACGAGAAAUUUGCGCUAAAAGUGCUUCGAGAUGGUCCCAAGGCUCGAAGGGAGAUCAGUCUGCAUUAUCUGACCAAUGCUCACGAGAAUGUCGUGACGAUCAUCGACAUCUAUGAGAACACCUUCGACAAUGUGAAAUGUCUCCUUAUGGUUGUCGAAUUUUUGGAAGGCGGAGAUCUUCUCAGCCAAUUCGAGGAGCAGGGCAGUAAGCCCUAUUCAGAAAAGAAGGUCGGCGAGAUCUUACGACAGAUUGGAUCAGCGGUCGAGUAUCUUCACGAUAUGAACAUCGCACAUAGAGAUAUCAAAUUAGAAAAUAUACUUUGCAGUUCAAAAGGCGACGACUGCGUGUACAAAUUAGGCGAUUACGGGUUUGCUAAACGCCCAGAACGUAACGUACUCAUGGAGUCACCAUGUUGUACUCCUUACUAUGCACCUCCUGAGGUGCUAUCCCGUGAACUAUACGAUAAAUCCUGUGAUAUGUGGUCAUUGGGCGUUGCUAUGUAUAUAUUACUAUGUGGGUAUCCGCCAUUCUACAGCAUGAAAGGUCUUGCCCUAUCACCUGGUAUGCGAAAUCGAAUCGCCAAGGGCACCUACGCUUUUCCACCGGAGGAAUGGGACGAAGUGUCUCAACCUACUAAAGAAGACAUCCGAUCAUUGCUGCGGACGGAUCCGUCGAAAAGAAUGGAUAUCCAUGAACUUAUGAGAACCCCACUUGUUACCGGUGAAGAGCAACCCCAAGGUGUUCCCAUUCCCGGUGCGCACGGGGAUGAAGAAGAAGACGAUGAGCUUCUUCAUGCACCCAUCAUUGUACCAAAGAGCGUACGCUUCCUCCGAGAUGGUGUCAAAGCACCACGACUGCACAGCAUUCAGGAAGAAGUCGGUCGUGCUUUGGACAUGAUGCGCCUUGGCAGUGAUUUGUUCACUUCAAAAUAUCCACAGACUUCGUGUAAUAAUCUUUUCGCGCAACGUCGUACGUCUCACCUUAGCAUUCCAAGGGUCCAAUGCUAAUUGUUCCCUUUUAUGUCUCAUUCGCAAAUAUCUCGAUAGGAACAGCUCGAGCAUCGUCUUAAAUCUCUCAUCGUUUUGUAAAAAAAAUUCUUAUCUUUUCCGCAAAUUGCUGGCCACUACUCUUUUUCUUUGUUAUGAAUCUCAGGGAUAAUGGCCUGUGAUUUGUGAGGAAAUAUGUUUAUAUAUUCACUGCACUUCUCACCUCCAUAAUUUUCUCCUUUUUUGGGGAAAUUGUUUUCUUGCUCACUUCGACAUUUCUUUCACCUGUGCACUUAAUUCUAGUACAUACGUCAUUUAGCUAACUAGUUUUUCAUUGCCGCAUGACUUUUCUUCUGUACCUCUAGACUACGAUUCGAAAUGUUAUGCUAUGUUUUGUACAUAUUUGUUGAAAAUUGACAUGCGUUGUUACGCAACGAUCUUCGCAGUUAGUUGUUGAGGACAAAAAAGAGAAAUAAAUAUAAGCAAAC